GAGUGUGAAACGUACACGGAAGUCGCGCGCGCACUCAAAUAGAAAUGAGCUGCUGGAGGAGCAGACUAAACCGCAAGUGUGUCUAUCUGCGGACGUGAUGGAGGGCGGGAGAACGGACAUGGUCCACGAAGACAACGGAGCGCACGCCGAGGACGAGGAUUGUUUUGAGGAUGCUUACGACCACAUUCCUGCGGCCUGUCACAUGGACCUACAGUCUGCCAUCCAGGAGACUCAAUGUGCCCUCAACUUGGUCCUCAACGACAAGUUCUCAGAAGCUUUGAACCUCCUGAAGCCAUGGUGGCGAGACAGCAUGUACCACGCAUUAGGCUACAGCAGCAUCUUGGUGAUGCAGGCCGCCAUGACUUUUGAGCACACAGACAUCCAAAUCGCCAUGGCGACAAUCAAGGAGGCGUUACACACUUGUCAAAGAUUUCGCAAGAAGACCUCAAUGGUUGGUUCCCUGGCCGGUCUGAUCAGCAAGCAGUCCCACUUCCAGGAAGAGGAGAUGCACGCUGAGCUCUGCUAUGCCGAGUGUUUGCUGCAAAAAGCCACGCUGACCUUCGUGCAGGACGAGAACAUGAUCAGUUUCAUCAAAGGUGGCAUCAAGAUAAGAACCAGCUACCAAAUUUACAAGGACUGUCUCAACGUGCUGAACGUUGCUCAGGACCUAAGUGGCCAAUCAGAUUCACUCAGGCAGUUUGAAGGCGGAGUCAAGCUGGGUAUUGGCUCUUUCAACCUGAUGUUGUCACUUCUGCCGCAGAGGAUCCUGAGAUUACUGGAGUUCAUGGGCUUCUCUGGAAACAGGAACUUUGGGUUGUCCCAACUGAGAGACGGAACGUCCAUCUGUGGUUUGCGCUCCAUUCUGUGUACCCUCACACUGCUCUUCUACCACACUUAUGUCUGCCUGGUCCUGGGAAGCGGCGAGGGAAACCUGGUGGAGGCGGAGGCUUUGCUGGAGCCUUACCUUCACAAGUACCCUAAAGGCUCCAUCAUCCAGUUCUACUCAGCUCGGCUGGCCGCGCUGCGAGGACACUUGGAGAAGGCGUGCGUGGGGUACAAGGAGUGUGUGAGCAGCCAGCAAGAGUGGAAGCAGAUCCACCACUUGUGCUACUGGGAGCUCAUGUGGACGCACUCAUACCAGCAGGACUGGCUACAGGCGUAUCGCUACGCCGACAUGUUGUGUCGUGAGAGCCGCUGGUCCAAGGCCAUCUACGUGUACCAGAAGGCCGCCAUCCUCAGCAUGAUGUCAGCGGAUGACCUGAAGAAUAGCGGCGAGGACAUAGUGGAGCUCUUCAGGCAGGUAGAGGGGCUCAAGCAGCGCCUCGCAGGGAAGUCCAUCCCCACAGAGAAGUUUGCAGUGAGGAAGUCUCGCCGCUACAAGGCCGCUACGCCAGUCCCGCUGGUGCUUCCUGCUCUGGAGAUGAUGUAUGUUUGGAACGGCUUCGCCAUCGUGGGAAGGAGGGCGGACUACACUGAGGCGCUACUGGUUACCAUAGAGACGGCGGAGGAGCAGCUCAAACGUGACUCCCAGGUGUCAGAGUUCCACAUGGAUGACAGCUGUCUGGUCCAGAUGCUGAAGGGUCUUUGUCUCAAACAUCUGGACCGCCCUCUGCAGGCAGAACUCUGCUUCACACAGGUCCUGACCAGUGAAAGUCGCAUCCGCUACGAUCAUUACCUGGUUCCCUUCACGCUGUACGAGCUGGGUCUGCUCUACCAGAAACAAGGUGAUGUGAGCAAGGCCGCCGUCUUCAUGGAAAACGCCAAGACUAAAUACAAGGACUACUCUAUGGAGUCCAGACUGCACUUCAGGAUCCACGCUGCCCUCCACAGUCUCAAAGGCUCACCUGCUGCUGCCGCCACCCCAUAAUAGUCACCGCCCACAGUUGCCAAGGUGUGCGUGUGUGUGUCUGUAUGUUUUUGUUGUCUUUUCUUCCUGUGCUGUUCAUCAAUCACACACAUACUUUGAUUUGAUUAGCAGCCAUGUCACAUUAUGGCUGCACCUAGGAACAGUCUGUCCAGUUUAGUCUCCACGGUAACAGCAAGCACUUUGUACCUUUUUUUACUUCAAAAGUGUCUUUUCUUUCAUCCUUCUACCUCUUUAUGUAGGAUUUCCUCUGUUAAUAUUAUUUGUAAUAUUGUUAUUGUUUGGCCUUAUUUAAAAAUGACCAAAGUUUAGAUUCUUAUUUUGGGUGCAUUGAAAGCCUUAAAAAGCCAACCAGACAAAAAUCACCUGAUUGUAUGUUCCUUGAAACACUCCAUCAUUCAUUCUUUUGUUCAUUAAUGUAUCAAUAUGUUUGUUCAUUAAUGUAUUAAUUUGUUUGUUCCUUAAAAGGGGUAUUUUCCUAUUUAUAACUUUUUGGAUAUAUGGUAUAGAGUUCAAAUAUUGGAAUCUUGUUGUAUAUGAUGUGGAAAUAGCAUAUGAUGAGCUUGGUGGCUCCCAGGAAGUUUUUACUUCGUUUUUUGCGUAUUUAUACCGGAGUAGAGCAGCAAUAGGAACAUUUUUGUUUUUCUGAGAGCUAAUGACCUAAAAAAAAAAAAACUGUAGGGGUGGUCUGUGAAACGUUGGACCAAGAGAAAAAAGCAGAUUUGUGGAGUAUUUACACAAGCAGUAGGAAAUGGAUGGAUUCUAAUAAAUUAAACUUAGGAUCCAAUAUUAAAAUCCCAUGAAUUUGGUGGGAAAGGCCCCUUUUAUUUAACUCACUAAUGCCAUUCAUUCAUUGAUGAAUUAAUUGAUUUAUUCACAAAAUGAAGCAUUAGCUGCGAAUGCUAUCAACCACCAAGCUAAUGCUGUAACUAAAAAAAACUAAUGUUUUUAAUGUUGUUGUUUUUUUCACAUUGUUUGGCAAUUGUUUAUUACAUUUUGCUGAGUCAGUUGUGACGCUCAACUCAUUCUGUUUCCUAAGUGGGUGCUAAACCGCAAAAGUAAGCUCAUAGUAAACUGCUCUCAUUUUUAAAAAAAACUAAAUCUAACGUGGUUUCAUUGAAAUGUUGUACAAAAGAAGCAAAUAUAGAAUGUUUUACAGUCGAUUCUCAGUUUUCACAAAUGGCGAAAGUCUGUGAACAAGUGAGACGCCCAUAAAAAUGUAUAUUGUUGACGUACAGCUCACAAUGAAAGUUUAAUGCCCUAAAUAUGUCACACACAUUCAUUUUAAAGUAUAAAUGCACAGGUACUCUUUACUAUUACUUGAUAAUUUGAGAUUAUGAAUGAAAAUAGAUUGAUUGUGUCUUUUUAUGCAACGUACAAAAAAAGGGUUUGCAACCCCCAAAAAUGUAUUUAGAAUUAAAAAAAUAAACAUUUUUUUAAAUAAUAAAAAAAACAAAAACGUUUGCAUUUAAUUUGGGUUGCAAAUCUUUUUUUGGUUGCAAAUCAUUUGGAGGAAAAAAAUACCAAAGACAAGGGAUGGAUGGUACUGACCAAUUAAAAAAAAAAAAGCAUUCAAAAUAUUGUUCAGAAGAGGUGUGGCCUACAAGACUAAAGUUUUGUUGCAACCGAAAAAAUAAUUUUGCAACCAAAAAAAAUCUUUUUAUCCGCAAAAAAAAUAUUUGCAACCAAAAGUUUUGUUUGAAAGAAUAUAGAGUAUAUAUUUUCUUAAUUUGAAUUACAUUUUUUGGUUGCAGUUUGUUAUAUUCUAUUUUUUGCAAACCCAUUUUUGUUUGGUUGCAAAAAAGACAAAGUUUUCUCUCCAUAAAUAAACAGAUGGAUUAUUAAGCUCUACAAGCGUCACUUUUACUUGUUGCAUUUAAAGACCAUCGAACCAUUUGGGACAUCUCAAUGCAUAGCAAUCAUGGUCAGUGAAGCAUUAACAAGUAGUAACGUGCAAAAAAGUGUGUGCGGGGAAACAUGUAUACUGUACAUUUUACCUGUAUUGUCAAAUAUUGGAUUACCGCAAAAGAUUGAAUGAUGUGUUUUCUGCGAGGGGAAAAAAGCAUGUUUUCUAAGUGUAGAAAUGUAUUAAUUCAUUUAAAAAUCCGUCAAGUUUCAGGGUUGCAAAUGCUAAACUGCAAAUGUGCAGGGAGCUGCUGUGAUGUUUCAAAGUGUGCAAUAGAUACUAAAAGCCAUAUUUUUUCAGCUUUAUGCAUGAAUGGACAGAAAAGGCACCUUCUUUUUUAUUUAUGCUCAUUUUUUCAGUCCUUCUGUGUCUCUGGAUGUUAUUAAAUGUCUGAAAUGUCUUAUUAAAUUCACGUCCAACAUUU